AUGGUUCCAAACAACCAGAUAGCUGCUUUAUGUUCUAACUGGAGAGCUGCUGAACAAAAAGUAAAAUAACUAAAAAAAAAAAAAAAAAAAACUACAAAUGAAAAGUGGAGACCAACUGAAAAUUGUCUCGGAAUAUUACUUUAUACAUCAUACUAAGGUGAAUUUGGUUAAAUAUGUUGCUGCAGUCCAGAAAUUUAGUAAAACAACAAAACAUGCUUCCCGUGCAAAAUACAUCUUUCUAAUUAGCAGGCUGAGAACCUAUGUAGGCAUUAUAACAAAUUGGUCAAAAUCAUUCAAUCAAGUUAACAAAAACAGUGGCAGGUACUUUCCAUCAACUAAAGGUCAUAAAUAAUCAUAACUGUAGACGCUGUUUUCCAUUUACUUCCUUGUCAAAAUGAGAGCAAAUUACAAACAGCUCAGAAUGUGACCAGAAUGAACCUACCGCUACUUACUCCCACCUUCCCCUGGGUAACGCCGGGUUACGCCGACUCGUCACUCCCCCAGGGCGGCACGCAAAGCGUCCCUGAGCACGUGUAGCCGUGACGCCAAUCUCGCGUGAGGAGACAUGUGGCGUCAGGGUUUCCAUUUCCCAGAGCAAAGCAGCAGCCGCCGCCGCCAACAUCAGUUACCCCUUUCCCUCCAUUUGAAUCUAGCGCUCAAUAGCAGCUAAUCCACCGCAGGGCGGUCACAUGGUCGUAUUUGUCUUGUGUGUUUGGUGACCUAAGAACUGCCACCCUGACUUCUAGGAUCUGGUAACAUGGCAAAAGAUGUUGGUCUUAUAGAAGCAAAUGGAGAACUUAAGGUUUUUGUAGACCAGAAUCUUAGCCCUGAGAAAGGUGUAGUGUCAUUAUUGACUGUCCAUCCAUCAUCAGUCAGUUCCAUUGGAAAACAGCUGCUGCCGAAAACGUUUGGACAGUCCAAUGUAAACAUUACUCAGCAAGUGGUUCUUGGGACACCACAGAGACAGUCUGCACCAAAUACUAUACUUAUAGGAAGUCCUCAUACGCCUAAUACACAUUUUGUAUCACAGAACCAAGUUACAGACUCUUCACCAUGGUCUGCUGGAAAAAGAAAUAAAAAAGGUGAAAAGAAUGGCAAAGGUUUGCGUCAUUUCUCCAUGAAGGUUUGUGAGAAGGUGCAGAAGAAAGGCACAACGUCUUACAAUGAAGUAGCUGAUGAACUGGUUGCAGAAUUUAGUUCAGCAGAUAAUCAUAUAUCUCCGAAUGAAUCUCAAGCAUAUGACCAGAAAAAUAUUAGACGACGAGUCUAUGAUGCCUUAAAUGUGCUUAUGGCUAUGAACAUAAUUUCUAAAGAAAAGAAGGAAAUAAAGUGGAUUGGUUUACCUACAAACUCUGCUCAGGAAUGUCAAAAUUUAGAGGUUGAAAGACAAAGAAGACUUGAACGAAUAAAGCAAAAGCAAUCUCAGCUACAAGAACUUAUACUACAGCAAAUUGCUUUCAAAAACCUAGUUCAGAGAAAUCGUCUUACAGAACAAAAAGCAAACAGACCACCCCCACCAAAUUCAGUCAUACAUUUACCCUUCAUCAUUGUGAACACCAGCAAGAAGACAGUGAUUGACUGUAGCAUUUCUAAUGACAAGUUUGAAUACUUAUUUAAUUUUGACAACACAUUUGAAAUACAUGAUGAUAUUGAAGUACUGAAGCGAAUGGGAAUGGCUUGUGGCCUAGAAUCAGGAAGCUGUUCAGCUGAGGACCUUAAGACUGCGAGAAGCUUGGUGCCAAAAGCUCUAGAACCAUAUGUGACAGAAAUGGCUCAGGGAUCAAUUAGCAGUGUGUAUAUCUCAUCUUCAUCAGGUUCAGUGUCUAAUGGCAGAAGGUUUUCAUCAAGUGACUUGACUGGCUGCACAGAUAGCAUGUUAGCUACGAGUUCAAAUGGAUCCCAGUACAGCAGUUCCCGAGUUGAGACUCCUGUGUCGUACGUUGGAGAGGAAGAUGAUGACGAUGAGGAUGAUUUUAAUGAUGAUGAUGACUGAUGUAUAGCACAUUUUUUUUUUCUGUGUUGAGAUACAGCAUCAGGAAAACAUUUUUUUCUGUUAAUGGGGUGAUUUUUUAUUUUUUUUUUUAUUUUCCCCCAUUCCAAGGAAAUAUUGAUACAGUACUUGGUUCUUGCAACCAAGAAGGAUCAUUCAAGUUUAUAUUUUAUUUUUUUGUGUGUGCUGUGGAAGUUUUUGACAGUAUUUUGCUCAAAUUUGUUUCCUUUCCCAUUUAUAGUUAUGUUUGCCCCCCUAGAACUUUGCUUGAUGGUAAAUUUCAUCUGCAUAAAUGGGGAAAAAUAAACUGCUAUCCUUUGUAAAAAAGAAAGAAUUACUUGCAGUACAAUUUUUGGAAAGUGUUUCAAUAAUGCCUAGAAUGUAGGUAAGAAAGACACUUUUUUGUUAAAAUCAUGCAAAGUCCAAAUAAAGGAAGAUGAAUUUUUCUAAAUUCGUUAAUAGUUUAAAAAUAUCAGAAAGCUGUUAUUACCCGUUUUGUAUAUUUUUUAUUGUAUAUUUUGGGAGAACUAAAUACAUUGUAUGGCAAAGGUUUUACUAUGAUGCUGGUGCAGCUAUAUAUAAUCUUGAAGGUUCUAUAUAUUGCUUAUAUAAUUUGCCUGAAUUCUUGCAGGCAAACUUUUAUUUUAUACCUUGUUUACAUAGCUAUCACUAAAAGAAACAAAUGUUUGUAUUUGUUUCAUAAACCUAUACUUGCAAUCUAUUAUAAUGUUAAAAUUAUAGUGUUAGCAGUUUUGUUGUGUUUUUUUUUUUUCCCUUCAAGUUUGUGAAUCCUUUUUAACAGUUAACAUUUUAUAACAGAGAAAUUUCAGGGCAGAUUACUAGUUUCAGAUUUAAAAAAAAUAAAUAAAUCACAACUGCACAGAUAUUGUCCGCUGCCUAAGGAAAGAUCAUAUUCUUUUUAUUCAAACAUUAAUACAAAUAUGUAAUUUUAUUAACGUUACAGAAAAUUAUAAAUGAUUUAAUUUGACACUGUUAGUCAUUAAUAAAAUGCAUGGGCAUUUUAAAUAAGCUAAGUGUUUUUUAAUAUAAAAUUAAUGUACAGUAACUAUAUUUUUCUUUUGUAUGCAUAGAUUUUUUUUUUCCAAGCCUUUAAGCAAUAUGAUAGUAUUAUAAUUAUAGCGUUAAUAUAAGAUUGCUAGUUAUUAAAUUUCUUCACUUAUGGUUAUGAUGGACAUUAGGGGUAAUUUAGAAAUUAUUCCUUUGUUAUGUAUAAGUCACCUAUUGGAUUUUAAAGUUUGCAGAUUUUCAAAAUCAGCUAUUUACAUUGUGUUAACGUUUUCUUAUUUUAGAAAUGUUCACAUUUAAAACCAAAUAAAACUAUAGUACUACAUGUUAAUGGCAUUUAACUGAUCUGCAACUCUUACAUAAUACAGGAAACUUCCAAAGGGAGCAUCAGUAAAUAUAUCAAAUACAGGUGAUUCUUUACUGUUAUGGUUGCUGAGUGAACAUGCUUAGGCUUGUAUGUAAAAAAAAAUCCUGUAUUGGCUUAGCGGGCCGAUAUUUUCUAUGGAUGCAGGAAGAGAUUUAAAUUAAUUCACCUUGGGUUCCUGCAGACAGUGAUUGUAUGCAUCACAACAAGAUUAUAUUUAGAAAUAUGCAAAAAUUUAGGGUAAAGUUUGAACUUGCCCUGUAGGAUAGCAACCAACUCAAAGUAGGUAUUACUGUUCUACUUCUGUUUUAAAUAGUGAAUGCAGAUGUCUUGUUGGUUGAGCUUGGGCAGAUGUUGCUCUGUGUGUGCAUAAUCCGGGUGAGGUUGUUUUUUUUUGUUUUUCUAAAUUAUAUUAAACUGAUUAUUUCUAGCUAUUCUACAUAAUGGCACUGUGGCAUAUCUAACCUUGCUAUUAAAGUCUGAACAAAAUAUU